UGUCGUGUGUGUAUAUAUUACUGUAUAGACGACUCCUUUUGUCGUUCCUGGGCCUACGCACACGCCACAACACAGACACUUGGCCUCGCUCGACCUUCACUGCAUCGCCAAAAAGAAAAGAAAAAGAAAAGCAGCUGCCAUCACUUCGUCAUGUCUUCCCAACCCUUUGGUGGCCUCCCAGCCUCGCCGCGCGCAAACCGCCACAUGCAGACACUGUCUCCACUCGACACAUCGUUUCCCUUGGACAAGCCACAUGCAUCGUCGCCGCUGUCGGCCAACUCAGAAAAGCCGGCGCCCAAGAGGGACAUCUUCGCCGAGGCCACCAUCCCGCUGAGCCCUGUGUCGUCGACGUCGAGCUCGCCAUACAAGGAGAACCCGUUCGAGGGCCUCGAGCCACGGAAGCGCAGCGGCUUCGCACGUCUCUUUUGCUGUCUCGGCCGCGAAGAGCGCGCGCGCCGCCGGAUGAACCGCCACAUGGAGUUUGAGAAGGUUGGCGAGAAGUGCCACUGGACCGAGUACUAGACUCGUCGACAUUGACAUGAUGGACAUGUGCGCACCGAGCCCGCCAACGAAACAUGUGACAGGCCGGAUAUCCAUCGUAACACGUGCCGACGCCUUGCGCGCCGAAGCCCAAAACGUCUGGGUCGCAACGAUGCUCAAUGCGGCCGUGGUCUUCGCAACCGUUGGAGCACCACCUUUUCUUCUCUUCAUCUGUAUACC